AUGCCGCCUCCACCCCAUAUCAAGCCGGAAAAUGUCCUGAAACGGGCUCAGGAACUUAUCGCCGUGGGCCAGGCUCCCGCCGCCCUCAAUGUCCUCCACGAACAUGUCACCUCUAAGAGGACGCGCAGCAGUCCGAUCGCCUCUCUCGAACCUGUCAUGCUCCUUUUCGUUGAAUUGUGUGUCGAUCUUCGCAAAGGAAAGGCUGCUAAGGAUGGUCUCUACCAGUACAAGAACAUCGCCCAGAACACCAACGUGGGAACCAUCGAGGUCGUCCUCAAGAAGUUCAUCGAACUCGCCGAGAAGAAGGUGACCGAGGCCCAGGCCAAGGCCGACGAGAUCCAGUCCUCUCUGGAGUCCGCUGCCCCAUCGUCCAACGUCGAGGAUCUGGAAGCGAUCGAGACCCCCGAGACCAUCUUGCUUGCUACUGUUUCUGGCGAACAAUCUCGCGACCGAACCGACCGCGCUGUCGUCACUCCGUGGCUCAAGUUUCUCUGGGAGACCUACCGUACCGUCCUGGAGAUCUUGAAGAACAAUGCUCGCCUUGAGGUCAUGUACCAGACCACCGCCCUGCAGGCCUUCCAGUUUUGCCUCAAGUACACCCGCAAGACCGAGUUCCGCCGUCUUUGCGAGCUGCUCCGUAACCACGUCCAGAACGCCGCCAAGUACUCCGCUCAGAUGCACGCUAUCAACCUCAGCGAUCCCGACACCCUGCAGCGCCAUCUUGACACCCGCUUCCAGCAGCUGAAUGUUGCUGUGGAGCUGGAGCUGUGGCAGGAGGCUUUCCGCAGCAUUGAAGACAUUCACACUCUUCUCAGCCUUAGCAAGCGCCCCGCCAAGAACGUCAUGAUGGCCAAUUACUACGAAAAGCUUGCACGGAUCUUCCUCGUCAGCGAGAACUAUCUUUUCCAUGCCGCCGCUUGGAACCGCUACUACAACCUUCUCCGCCAGUCCGCUGUGGCUCUCGCCGCAGGCCAGGGCACCAAGAAGGAGAACCCCUCGGUGACCGAGGCUGACAUGACCAAGGCUGCUUCCUUUGUCCUUCUGUCUGCUCUGUCGAUCCCCGUCAUCAGCACCUCCCGCUCUCGAGGCGCCUUGGUCGAUGUCGAUGAGGCCCGCAAGAACAAGAAUACCCGUCUGACCAACCUGCUCGGUAUGGCUCAGCCACCCAGUCGUGCGGUGCUUUUCCGGGAUGCUCUGAACAAGGGCCUGCUCAAGCGUGCUCGUCCUGAAAUUCGGGAUCUCUACAACAUCCUCGAGGUUGACUUCCACCCUCUCUCCAUCUGCAAGAAGAUCACCCCCAUCCUCAAGCAGAUCGGUGCCGAUCCCGAGAUGGAGAAGUACGUCCUGCCCCUGCAGCAGGUCAUCCUCACCCGUCUCUUCCAGCAGCUGUCCCAGGUUUACGAGUCCGUCGAACUCAAGUUUGUCUACGAGCUUGCACAGUUCCCCGAUCCCUUCCAGAUCACCCCGGCCAUGAUUGAGAAGUUCAUCAUGAACGGAUGCAAGAAGGGCGACCUCGCUAUCCGCGUCGACCAUACCUCGGGUGUUCUGACCUUCGACACCGAUAUCUUCUCUUCCGCCAAGGCUCUGCAUUCCGGCAGCGCCGCCGGUUCUGCUGAGAGCGACGUCGGCUCGGUGCAGCGUCUUCAGAACACCCCUGCUGAAAUCGCCCGCCUACAGCUCACCCGUCUCGCCAAGACCCUUCACGUCACAUGCAUGUACGUCGAUCCUUCUUAUAACGAGGCCCGUAUCCAGGCCAAGAAGGCCGCUCAGGCCCGCGCCGAGGCUGGUGCCGCCAAGGAGCACGAGGAGACCCUUGCCCGCCGUGUCCUCAUCGAAAAGAAGAAGGAAGCUGCCACCGAUGCUUUGCAGCGCAAGCAGAGAGAGGAGGAGACCCGCAAGCGUAUUCGUACUCAGCAGCUGCAAGAGGCUGAGAAGCAGAGACUGCUUGACGAGCAGCGGGAACGCGAAAAGAAGCGUCUGAAGGAUGAACAGGACCGCAUCCGCCAGCAGGAGCUCAAGAAGCAGCUUGAGGAGCUCAAGAGCGGUGUCAAGGGCAUCGACAUCAGCGAGAUCGACCUGGAGGACAUGGAUGCCAACCGGCUGCGCGCCAUCAAGCUUGCCCAGCUCGAGAAGGAGAAGAACGAGCUCAAUGAGCGCAUUCGCACCACUGCCAAGCGUAUCGAUCACCUGGAGCGUGCCUUCCGUCGCGAGGAGUUGAAGCACAUUCCCGAGGACUACGAAGCCCAGAAGAAGCGUGACAUGGAGCUUUACGAGGCCAUCAAGGCCGAGACUCUCAAGGAAGCUGAGGAGAAGCACAAGGAGGCGGUUGCCCUCAAGCACCGUCUCAGCCGCCUUGUUCCCGUCUUCUCCAGCUUCCGCAAGGAGGUGUCGGAGAAGCGCCACGAAGAGUUUGAGAAGCGCCGCAAGGCCGCCGAGCGGGAGUUUGAGGCUAAGAAGAAGCAGCGUGUCAAGGAAGUUCAGGAGCGCCGCCGUCGCGAGAAGGCCGAGCGUGAGGCGGAAGAGCGUCGCAGAAAGGAGGAGGAAGAGCGGGCCAAACGCGAAGAGGAAGAGCGUAUCGCCAAGGAAGAGGAGCGCAGACGCGUCUUGGCUGAAGAGAAAGCCAAGCGUGAGGAAGAGAGAAAGAGACUCGAUGAGAUUGCUCUACGGCAGAAGCAGCGUGAGGAGGAAGCCGAGGCUCGCCGUGCGGCUAGAAAGUCUGGCCUCGCAGAACCUCCCACUCGUGCUGCUGAGCCCGAGCGGCCCGCUGAGCGGACAGCUCCUCGCCUUAACCUCGCGUCUCGUACUGGUGGUGCCCCCAGCUGGAGAGAGCGCCAGGCUGCCAAGGAGGCUACCGGCGCUGCCCCUGCCCCUGCCCCUGUCCCUGCCCCUGCCGCCGCACCUGCUGCUGCACCUGCUCCUGCCGCCGAGGCACCUAAGGAAGAGGUCCAGCUCCCCCGGAGAACCGGCGGAUACGUGCCCCCUCACCUCCGCUCUGGAGCCAGCGCCUCUCCCGCUGCUCCUCCCUCGAAUGGCCCUGCUCCCGAGAAAUACGUUCCCCGUCACAUGCGCGAAUCCAGCUCCUCCCAACCCCCCUCCCGCACACAGACUCCCCCCGCCCCCGCCGCCGCCGCCAGCUCCGACAAGCCCGAGGGUUCCCCCGCUCCUCAGAAGUGGGUGCCCCGGUGGAAGCAACAGCAGCAGUAG